GAAGUUCACCGACCGCUCACUUUACGCACCAACACUUUGAAGACCCGACGGCGCGAUUUAGCACAAGCUUUGAUUAAUAUCGGCGUUAAUGUGGACCCUAUAGCCAAGUGGUCGCGCGUCGGACUUGUAGUCUAUGACAGUCAAGUACCGAUCGGAGCGACACCACAAUACCUGGCCGGGCAUUACAUGCUUCAGGGCGCCGCCUCUCUUCUCCCUGUCAUGGCUUUGGCCCCACAGCAGAACGAGAAGGUCCUUGACUUAUGUGCCGCACCGGGAGGUAAAACUACUCACAUAUCGGCUGUCAUGAAGAAUACGGGCAUUGUUUUUGCCAACGAAGCCAACAAAGACCGCUGCAAAGCAUUGGUUGCAAAUCUUCACCGAUUGGGUGUUGUGAACGCUGUGGUCAGCAAUUAUGACGGCCGCGCCUAUCCUAAGAUUAUGACUGGUUUCGAUCGAGUUCUUUGUGACGCCCCCUGCAGUGGCACCGGUGUUAUCGCUAAGGAUCCCAUUGUCAAGACUAGUAAAGAAUCAGUAGACAUCCAAAGAUGUGCUCAUUUGCAGAAAGAAUUAAUUGUGGCCGCAAUUGAUUCUUUAGACGCCAAUUCCAAAACUGGCGGUUAUCUCGUCUACUCUACAUGUUCUGUAUUGGUGGAAGAAAAUGAAUGGGUUAUUGAUUAUGCCCUUAAGAAACGUAACGUAAAGCUCGUGCCCAUUGGUGUUGAUUUUGGUCGGGAAGGUUUUACGCAUUAUAGAGAACUACGUUUCCAUCCAACGAUGUCAUAUACGCGACGGUUUUAUCCGCAUUCACACAAUACGGACGGAUUUUUUGUGGCAAAACUCAAAAAGUUUUCUAAUACUAUCCCUACGAACGCAAUGAACAGUAAUAAUGAAAAGCGUAAUAAUAUGACCAAAACUGAUGACCAGUCGAGUACAGGAACUGGAAGUGAAACCAUUGACAAGAAUUUAAUCGAUAAAAAGCGUGUUUCAGAUGCAAGAAAAGUGAAACAACGGAGAAAACAACAGCGAAAUCGUAACAAAAAGAAAAAAUUGAAAAUCAAAAGCAAAUCGACAAAAACCAAAUCAGAUACGAAAUAAAGGUUUUGAUGUUUUAAUUUGACAAAACAUUAUUCAA